AUGGGCCAAGAACUUGAAGAACAAGCAGCGCCGCCCGUCAUCCUCCGAUGGCAAGAUUUGGGCGAGUUGCCGAAAAACGAGCUUAUUAAUAAGGCUCCUGAAGACAAUACCCCUCCUCAUGCUUGGCACGAGGCAUCAUCAACUCAUCACCAACCCAGUCUCGGCAGCAAGCUUUGGAAAACGAAGUUUCUGUUACAAUACCAGAAAUUAGCAAAGAUAGAAGCAAUAGUGCAAGAAGCUGCUCAAGGAACCAUAUCUAGCAGUGACGCUCUUAAUAUACGAUUAGAGAAUCAGGUUAACAGUGGUACAUCAUCACAAUCACAAGGAGGUUCACUUCCUAUCCCUACUGCAUUGAAGAACUUUUCAAUGUCCCAGAAGGAAAAAACUCUUGAUGAAUUUGUAUGGGAUAAAUGGCUUUCCUUCACUGCUGAGGGUCAUGUUGGACUUGGUGUCAGAUCCUUCCUUGAUCUGCGAAGUUGGUUUCGCAAUAAUGAUGUUCCUUCAUGCGAAGUGUGCAACGAAGCUGGCGUGAAGGCAGGGUUAUGCCAGAAAGAGGGUUGUUUGGUUCGAAUUCAUCAGUACUGCCUAGGAAAACUGUUUGCUAAGAAAAAGGGUGAAAGAGUUUGUCCAAGUUGUGGUACUCAAUGGCAAUAUACAGGACCAAAAGCAGAACCUGUAGAAGAUGAUGAGCCAGAUUGCGCUACUCAGAGCCAACCACCUGUGGAACCCAAGAGAAAGAAGCUGAGAACAAGCCGAAUUGGUGAUGUCCCAAGUAGAUGGGCAUGCACUAGAAUGCUUUUCUUGUGUAAAAUGUUGGUUUCAAUGAUUGGGAAAUGCACCCAUUUUGCUUUUGAAGUUUAAAGUAUUGGUUAUAUGAAUCAUUUGAUGGUUUGCAAUGUUUGUAUUUGAUAGAGUACUGUUCAUUUGGUAAAUGGACCAAAUGAAUGUACAAUCUAAUUCAGGAAUGAGAUGUUCAAAUGAUCACACAACAGAUUAGAUAUUGUCUGAAUGGC